AUGUACGACAUGUCUCAUCUCAGUCACCGAAGACGUGCAAACCGCCUUCCUCGCGCGUACGAAAAUUUCCCCACUUUCGACAUGGCUUCCUUUGGGGGUUUCGGUACCAUGGGCGGAUACGGUGGAUACGGUGCGUGGAACGGCUGGGAGACACCCCCACAAAAGGACCUGCCAGGUAGCAUCGAACAAGCGACACGGGAACACAUGGAAGCCCAGAUGGAAUGCGACAGGGCGAAGGAAAAGUUUGAAGAAGCCAAGAAGAAGUUUGAAGAAUGCGAAAAGAAGGUGCAGGACGCUGAACGGGUGCUCCAGACCGCUAAGCAACGCGCGGAAUAUUGGUAA